AUAAAGAGAAGCCUGUGUCAGAUUAGCAGCGAGACAUUUCGGCAACAACUCAAGUUGUGCCGCACGAAAUUCACGUCUACAGUUUUAACAUUGCUGCAGGAAUCUGCUGACUGGAAACGUCCUGGAAAGGCAUUAACAGCAGUGUUUUAGGAUUCCUACAAAAGCCAGGAGGACAAAAUGCAUUGUGGCCUGUUGACAGACAAGAACGAGCCAGUUCCACUGAAGCACAUUGAAGUGGAUCUUCAGGUUCAGGGGCAUGUAGCGACGGUGACCUCCACCUUGCAGUAUGUAAAUGAGGAAGAAAACACCCUGGAGGCUGUGUUUGUCUUUCCUAUGCCUUCAGGAGCUGCUCUCUGCCAUUUCAGCGCCAAGAUUGCAGAUCAGGAGAUAGUGGCUGAGGUGCAGGAGAAAGAGGAGGCGCGGGAGCAGUACGAUGAUGCAUUGAGUUCAGGUCAACAAGCUUUCCUGCUGGAGGAGAGCGAGGAGUCUGUGGAUGUGUUCAGGCUAAGUGUGGGCUUUCUGCCUCCACACCAGAGUGCUGCCGUCACCUUCAUCUAUAUCAUUGAGCUGAGUGUGCAGGCUGAUCAUUCACUGCAAUUCUGCCUGCCUGCAGUGCUCAAUCCUCGUUACUCACCAACCGGUGCAGGUGGUGGUAUAGUGUCAGAGAUAACAUCAAGUUCUGCUGGUGUUUCCUAUUCUCUCUCUUUUAUUGCACAUGUGAGCUCUCCAAACCCCAUCACUAAAGUGGAGUCCAAGUGUCCUCUAGAGCCCCUGACAUUCCUCAACACAGAGCACACAAAAGCAAAGGUAAGCCUCACCGCAGGUCAUAAGUUUGACAGAGAUGUGGAGCUGUAUGUAUAUUAUCAGAAUCCCCAUCAGCUCACUGCUAUAGUGGAGGCUGGAGCGCCGACAGCACAGCCAGGGACUCUAAUGGGAGAUCCUGCAGUCAUGAUUAGUUUGUAUCCAGAGUUUCCUCAGUCGGUCAUGUCCUCCACAUCAUCUUGUGGUGAGUUUGUGUUUGUCAUGGACAGAUCUGGCAGUAUGUCGUGCGGAAUGCAUAAUGGACAAGAUGCACAGGAACGCAUCAUGUGUGCCAGGGACACUCUGCUCCUGAUGCUGAAGAGUCUCCCCUUGGACUGUUACUUCAACAUCUAUGGCUUUGGCUCUAACUUUGACUCCUUCUUCCCGGAAAGUGUGCAGUACAGUCAGGACACAAUAGAUCAGGCUGUGAAGAAGGUAAAUGAGAUGCAAGCCGACAUGGGAGGGACAGAGAUUCUGCAACCUCUGGAACAUAUUUACAAGCAGCCGUGCAUCCCCAACCACCCAAGACAGCUGUUUAUAUUUACAGAUGGUGAAGUAGAAAAUACCAGAGCUGUUCUUCACUGUGUGAAGACCAAUUCUGAUUUUCACAGAUGUUUCUCAUUUGGGAUUGGUGAAGGAGCAAGUUCUGCACUCAUUACAGGAUUGGCUGAGAAUGGCUCUGGUCACGCCCAAUUCAUCACGGGAACUGAACGCAUGCAGGCCAAAGUAAUGCAGUCUCUUCGCUAUGCUUUACAACCAGCAGUAACUGAUAUCACUGAGGAUUGGACUGGUUUGUCCUUCACCCGUCUGAGCCCCCCAAUUAAAACCAUUUUCCAUGGGCAAAGAGCACUGAUUUAUGCCCAGUUAAAAGGAGAGGACUGUCAAAAACCAGACGCCAUGGGGAAAGUAACAGUGCAGUACCGCCUAGGAGAUCAGGAGGUCUCAAACACUGUCCACUUCUCCAUGAAUCCUGCUAAGGACAGCGGACUGGCCAUCCACAGGUUGGGUGCUCGCUCUCUGAUUCGUAGCUUGGAAAGGGAAGAGCAGGAUGAUGGAGCUGAUAAAGAGGCUCUUAAGGCCAAAGUGGUGGAACUGAGUAAACUUUCUGGAGUGAGCAGCUCACACACUGCCUUCAUAGCUGUCAAAAAGGGCAGCGGACAAGCUGUGAAAGGACCACUGGUGACUAGGAGAGUUCCUAUCCCACUAAUGAUGCAAUGUCAGAUGGCGAAAAUCUCUCCAUGUCCAGUGCUGUGUAUGCCUGCACCAAUGCCUGCACCAAUGCGUGCACCAAUGCCUCCACCAAUGCCUCCACCAAUUCCUCCACCAAUGCCUCCACCACUGCCUUCACCACAGUUUUGUAGUUUUGCAAUGGCUAGAAGUGCUCCAGUUUCAGCAAGUGAUGGAGCUUUUGACGUGAGUCCAGGUCUUGUUCCACAGCCCUUGAGAACUUCGCAUAUUCAGAAGACUUCAGAGACUGCAAAGGACCUGCUGUUUCAGCUUGUCUCCCUACAAAAGGCUUCAGGUUGCUGGGAAAUGGAGCCUGCACUUGCUGAGGUCUUUGGAAGGACAGAAAAAGAACUGAUUGAGCAGAUUCCUGCACAAGUUAGUGCAGUGAAGCCAGAUGUCUGGGCUACACUUCUGGCUCUGAUUUGGUUACAUGGCUUUAGGAUUGAUGCACAGGUUGAGUGGGAGUUUUUGGGCAUGAAGGCAGUGGCAUGGAUCCGCACUCAAAAAGUGAUGAACCACUCGGACUGUGUUCAGGCAGGGAAUGCCUUACUCGGCUGUCAGGUUAAAGAGGACGCUCUUGGGCUCUGAAGACAUCACUUUUUACAGCAUUCACACAAAAGCCUUGGCAUCAUUUUCUUAUUUUAAAAAGAGCUUUACAUUCACAGUUGUCAGGGGAGUUACUAAUAUGACCAUGCAGCAGUGAAAACAUAUAGCUGUAGCAGUAAAGUUAACAGUUACAUGAACAUCUAUGCACAUACAGUACAUAUUUGUAAAAUGCAAAGCCUUCCAUUAAUU